GAGUGAGGAAAAAGAGGAAGAUCUACAUGGACUCUGGUGAUGAAGAGGAAGACAACCAGGAGGAGGAAGAGGACAAGGUCAAGGUUGUCAAAGGGAGGAGAGCUGCUAAGCUGGCCAAGCUAGUGACAGCCCCACCCAAUAAGAAGCGACCCUGGAGCUGGCCCUCCUACCUGGAGGAGGAGAAGGCUAUAGCUGCCCCCCUUAAACUGUUCAAGGAGCACCAGUCGUUCCCUCAGAGCAGGAAUGCCUUCAAAGUGGGGAUGAAGUUAGAAGGACUGGACCCCUGUCACCCCUCUCUGUUCUGUGUGCUCAGUGUUGCUGAGGUCCAGGGUUAUAGGAUAAGGCUUCAUUUCGACGGCUAUCCAGAAUGCUAUGACUUCUGGGUAAAUGCUGACACCUGGGAUGUGAAGCCCGCGGGCUGGUGUGAGAAGAUGGGACACAAGCUGCUGCUGCCCAAAGGUUGUAAGGAUGGGGAGUUCAACUGGAACAUGUAUGUGAAGAACUGCAGAGGUCAGCUGGCCCCCAAACACCUCUUCAAGAGCCUCAACACGUCGGUGACUCCGUCAGGGUUCCGUGCGGGUAUGAAGCUGGAGGCGGUGGAUAAGAAGAAUCCGUAUCUGAUCUGCGUAGCGUCCAUCGCGGCUGCUGUUGACAACAGACUCCUCAUACACUUUGACAACUGGGACGACACCUAUGACUACUGGUGUGAUGCCAGCAGUCCCUACAUCCACCCUGUAGGCUACUGUGAGGAGGCUGAGCUAACCCUCACCACCCCUGCUGAGUAUAAGCACCCGAAGAGUUUUUCCUGGGAUAAAUACAUGGAGGAGACUGGGACACAGGCAGUCCCUGCACGUGCCUUCAAACUGCGUCCGUGCCAUGGGUUCCAGGCUGGAAUGAAGCUGGAAGCCGUCGAUAAGAGGAACCCCAUGCUCAUCCGUGUAACAACCAUCGCCGAGGUGGAGGACCACCGACUGAGGAUCCAUUUUGAUGGCUGGAGUGAGGAGUAUGACUACUGGGUGGACGCUGACUGCCCAGACCUGCACCCUGUGGGCUGGUGUCAGAAGACUAGUCAUCCCCUACAACACCCCCCCAAUGGCUCUACUGAUAUGCUGGUCCUCCCAGGGCAGGGCUGUCCUACCCCAGGAUGCAAUGGGGUUGGCCACAUCCGAGGACCCCGCUACGGAACCCACUACACAGGGGUGAGCUGUCCGUACUCUGAGAUGAACCUGAACAGGGAGGGCCAGGUACCAGACCGUCUGAGUGGAGAACGACCUAUGACCCUGAGUGGGCCUCAUCACCGUGGGCGACGGCCAGACCCUCCUUCACACACCCAGACAAACACCCCCACCACGCCAGAGCAGCCCGAGCCUGCAGACCACUCCCCUCAGACCAGUGUUACUAGGGGGCCAACGGUUGUCGAGGGCGAACGAUCCGGGUGCAGCAGUCAGAGUGAGCCACCAGGGGGCUCAACCGAGCCCAGCCACGACGGAGCCAAGGCCAAGAGCAGGUCUGCUCCAGUCCCAAAGUAUCUGAAGCUGCACUUGGUCAAGCAGGAGAGUGGAGAUGGGAAAGACCCCCUGUCUCUCCAGCAGGCACUCCAUGAGUCAGUGUUCUCCCCAGGUGGCUCCUCCUCUCCCCCUCACAGGGUGGCUCUGUGCUGGGACAAACACUGCCAGCUGCUCCCUGAGGUCCUGGGCCUCACUGCUAAGAGAGUUGCAACCUGGACCGCUGACGAGGUGGCCAGUUUUGUCAAAGGGCUCCCGGGCUGCAAAGAGCACGCUGCCACCUUCAGGACAGAGCAAAUAGACGGAGAGGCCUUCCUGCUUCUCACCCAAGCAGACAUAGUCAAGAUCCUGUCAAUCAAACUAGGCCCCGCCCUCAAGAUAUACAACGCCAUACUCAUGCUGAAGAACGCUGAUGAGGAGUGAGAUGCACCCUCACGCUUCACUUCCUCCCAUACCCGACCGCUGUAUCUCAAUAGUCUAGAGAAGUUUCAUCUCCUUUCCUUGCCUCCUUACCUUAUCCCCUUUGAUCUUGUGGUCCUCUGUAGCUCAAUUGGUAGAGCAUGGCGCUUGUAACGCCAAGGUAGUGGGU